AUGCUUAUCUUUGAGAAAAGAGUAUUAUCACCACAAGAAACAAUCACAAAAGCAGUUGCAGACGCUCGAGAAUGGCAGUUAGCCAAAUACACGGAGAGGACUGUCCAAGCUUCGAUACCAGCAACCGAGCCGAAACAGAACAUUACGGAAGCUACUUAUCUGGUUUAUACGGAUGGUGCCUGGAAAGAAGAGGAACUAAUGGCAGGUUUGGGCUGGACAUUUAAAAGACUAAUCAUACCUGAAAGUGAAUCGAAUGCAACUUUUGAAGGGGCUGUUGUUGAAGAAUCCGUCUCGUCGCCUUUAAUGGCCGAGGCUCUUGCCCUGCAUAUGGCUCUCUUCAUAGCCCGUGAGAAAGGGAUCCCCAAAACAAUGUAA